AUGCCGAGGGAGAAGGUUUCUGUGGUGUGGUUCAAGGCCACAGACCUCCGCACUCAUGACCAUGAGCCCUUGAGCCUUGCGCACGCAGCCGGGCUCCCUGUGCUGCAUCUCUUUGUGCUGGACCCCAGGUGGUUCAAACGGACACCGCUGGCCGGCUUCCCGCGGACGGGACCUCGGCGAGCGCUCUUCCAGUUGGAGGCCUUGGCUGAUUUGAGCAAAAGACUCGAGGCAGCAGGCCAAAAGCUGUGUGUCCGGCAUGGGAUCUCAACAGCCCGCGCCUUCGAGGAAUUGUGUGACGACUUCGACGUAGCGGCGUGCUACACCAGCAGGGAGAUUUGCCCAGAGGAGCUGAGGGUGGAGCAGAAGGUGCAAGAGGUGCUGCAGGCAAAACAUGCAGGUGAGCUACAGCUCUGCUGGACCUACGAGCUCCACCACUAUGAUGACCUGCCCGCAGAUGUGAGGAAAAAGGGCGCAUCGGGUUUCUCCGGCUACAGGCGUUGUUUUUCGGAGAGGUGCCAGGUGCGGGAUCCCCUGCCCCGCGUUGACCUCGCAAAGUCGGCCCCUGGCAUCCAUUGGCCGCGUGCCGAGGGCCUGCCUUCAAGCGUCGUGGACCUCGGUCUGUCGGAGGCACCGGAACCCGACGACAGAGCGGAGGUCCUUUGGGCUGGGGGCGAAACAGCAGCACUGGCCAGGCUCGAUGAGUACUUCUUCGCUACCAAUGCUAUUGCUCUGCAGUUCGUCGGCGCAACCAACUUCCCGCACGACGGGCACAGCAGCACAGCGGCGAAUUCUCAGUCGAAGCUGUCUCCUUGGCUCGCACAUGGCUGCCUGUCCGCCAGGUACCUCUAUGCAGAGCUGAAACGGUACGAGCGAGAGCGCCGACAUACCGACUCCACAGCUCGCAUGGUGCACGAGCUCUACUUCCGCGAUUUUGUGCGCUUUAGUGCCCUCCUAAAAGGCAGCAAGAUCUUCAAGCUGGAAGGCAUCUACGGGCGUCACCCAGUUGGUGGCUGGUUGCAAGAGGAUGGGCUGCUGGCGCCUUGGUGCCAUGGGCAGACAGGCUUUCCCUUCCUUGACGCGUCCAUGCGCGAGCUGGAGGCCACCGGUUCCUGCUGUCAUGCGGGGCGAGAGGUGGCGGCAUGGUUCUUGGUUUGUGACCUCGGCAUCGACUGGCGGCUCGGCGCUGAAUGGUUCGAGUCGACGUUGAUCGACUACGAGCCAGCUGCCAACUGGUUCAACUGGUCGUUCACGUGUGUACCCCGCGCCACUGGCGGGAACAGCAUCCAGGAGGAGGCCAAACCCCUGAGGCCUCCCCGCACGCGGCUGCAGACCUUGGAGGCUAUCUACUGGGCAGCGCAGCAGGAUCCGGAUGGAGAAUACAUCAAGCGCUGGGUCCCCGAGCUCCGAAGUUUAGACGGAACUUUGGCCCGUGAGCCCUGGAGGGUCACCAGCGAAGAGCCUGAAUCGGCCCCACGAGUGGGUUCGGCCCCGGAAGAGUGGCCUCCGGCGGUGUCGAGGGAGCGAGAGCGCAUCGGCUGGGCACGAAGAAAUUUUCCUGCCGGAGGCUCCCAGGUGGCUGUCUGGUGGGGCUGCAUGCGCGAUGCCGGCAAAAUUGCUCCGCGUCCAGAGGCGGGCAAGGCAGAAGGCGCUGGGGCUUCGGCAGCAGAGCGGAGGCUCGAUCCGGAUGAUGGCAAGGAGUACUCGCUAGAGGGCCUGAAGAAGAAGUACAAAGGCCAGUACAAACUUGAGGAGAUCCGCUUGUACUGGCAGGACACUUGCGAACCCCUGGAGGUAAGAACAGACCCAGAGGAUGGCAAAGCCUACACCUUGGCUGAACUGCAUGCCAAAUAUCGGAAACAGUACACUUGGCAAGAGGUUGCCAAGUACUUCAAGUCUUCGUGCGUACGUCUGCAGGAGCGAGCUUCCACUAUUCCUCGAGCCCAGGCAACAGGAUGGCCCGAGGGGUACCCCUUGCCCUUACUGCCACCGGCAUCCUUCUUCUGUAUUGAGGAGAUCGCAGAGCAUUCCCGACGUGGCCAGGCUCGGAAAGCAGCGAAGGCUGCACGGCUCCGGCUGGAGAUUGGUGGAGAUGGCAGUGGUGGCAGGUCCAUAGGUCCUUAUGGCACAGGGUCAUCCAAGUCUGAACAUGUUGCCAGCGAGGAGAGAGGGAUUCCAAAGUCACAGAAGGGUCCCCGACGUUGGGCCAAGACUGCGCCUCAGGGUACCUGA